AUGAAGAGCUCGCUACAGGACGUCGUCACGGCGCUCCACCUCUCGCGCGUCGCGAUGCGUCGCAUCCGGAUCAACUUUGUCUGGGCCUUCAUCUACAACGUGGUUGGCAUUCCGCUCGCCGCCGGCGUGCUCUACCCCGGGCUGCACAUCCAGUUCCCGCCGAUGUUUGCGGGCGCGGCGAUGGCCCUCUCCUCGGUCUCGGUUGUCUGCUCGUCGCUGCUCCUCCGCCUCUACCAGCCGCCAAAGCCGCUGCCCCUCGCGCGCGGGACUACCGUCGAGCCGGCAGACCCGCGCGCGUACGGCCGCUUCGACUCUGCCACCGACUCCGAGGGCACAGAGGUGCUGAGCUUGCGCGCGUCGCAGUGCUCGCAGCCCGAGCGGGCGAACGAUCCCGAGGCCCCUCUCCAGGCUGCGCCGGUGGCGUCGAUGCGUGUCUGACGCUGGUGCGUGCGCGGAGCCUCCAGAGCGCGGCGGCACACGCGGUGAAGCCAUCGGGUUACGGGUAGAAUGCGAGCGAAUCACGUGCUCGGGGACGGCCC